UGUUCCUAAUAAUCCUUUAGGUGAGUGUACAUUCAUAAUAUGUUUUCAGUUGUGCCACCCUGACAGACAAAUUGUUGGACAAAAGUUUUUAAUUAUAUCAACAGCGUUAAACUACUGUUAUUUAUCCGUUUUCAAACCUAAAGUGAUGCCAUAGUAUUUUGUUUCAAAUUUGUUAUUGUUAAGACACAAUUGCAAAUAGUUUCUUAGUCUGUUUAUUUGUUCGGAACGUUGCACCACCUGACAUUUUGGGGGUUUAAUUAUUAUUAAAAAAUUAUUUAAAUGUCCUAUAAAUAAGUUUCAUUGAUUGAUAUUGAAGUGGUAUAUGUCAUGAAUUUAUCACGUUUAUCAAAUAGGUGAUGCAGAAGUUCAUUUAACAACAGCAAAUAAAAAAUCGAGCGAUGAGUCAAAAUGAAUGGACACUGUUGACAGAACAUAUCGAAUUUCAAACAUUAAUUUGGCAAAAAAAUGUCAUUGCUCAACAGUGAAAUGAAAACAACUGAAACAUUUGCAUACAUUGCAAAUCGGUUCAAACACUCACACAUUAACUGAACUAAACCCUAAAGGUUGUGAAUUGUUGCAUGUUCAUGUGAAAUGCAUGAGACCUAUACUGACUCACUCAUAGAUACACAAUAAUACGUAUGCACUAAUCAUACAGCUCUGCUGGCUGUGUUACAGCGGUCAAAGCAACAGUGGCACCAUCGAAUCAGUCUGCAUUAAGCAAUAUGAGGCAACUUUUGACAAUAUCUAACAUUCACAUCCACAUAAUGGAGUCCAAAGUCUGACACUACAAAAAUGCUUGUAUUUUAUAUUAUGUUCUACCUCAAUAUAGACAAUACAUAGACAACUAAUAGUUUGUCCGUCAAUUAUAUAUCAAACAAUAUUCCUGAGCAUAAGUACUGACUUUAUAUAUGAUGUAGUUGUUGUUUGACGUAUGUCAUGAGGUUAUUUAUUUGUUGUGUGCUGAUGUUAACUCAUCUUUUAUUGAGAUUAAGUGUUUAUUUAUGUGUUUAUAAUGUGUUUUGAGGCAAAAUAUCCCUAAUGCUGGCCUGGUCAAAAGGCCCAGAGCUGCAUGAGCAGUGAAGGUUCAUUGCUGCAAUUCCAUCAGACUCGGCUCAAAUUCACCAGGCCGGUGUGACUUCAUCGAGGCUCUCAGGGGUCCCAGAGACGGUGGUGUGAGUCCCGGUAUGUGCAGGGGUGUGAGGGACGGCUCGACGUAGGUGGAAGGGGGAGGAAAGUUUCAGAGACAGUUUGGGAUAGAUGGAUGCCAUCCUGCAGAACGCCGGUCACCAAUGGUGCUUCAGUGAGGUGUAAUUUCAUGGAUGAAGUCAAGACAUACACAAGAGGUGCCAGGGAACAGUGAGGACAUUUUUGAGCCACUGUCAGCCAUUUCUGAGCAGAGCUGUUGGCAUCCACAACCGAUCCCGACUGUUACACACCGGCGGUGAGAUUCAUUCAAGGCCGAUGACUUUUAAAGAGAAUCAGCUGACCGUCCCGCUGCUGACCUCCAUCGUGGCGGCGGUGCUCGGCUCCCUCCAGAUAGGAUACCACACAGGCAACAUCAAUGCCCCUGCCCGAGUCAUUGAGGAGUUUUUCAACUCAACGUGGAGAUCCAGACACAAUCAGUCAAUCCCAGAGCACAGCCUCACGUUCCUGUGGUCCCUCUCUGUUAGUGUUAAGGACUUUGGAGCACUGCUUGGUUCACUUGGGGUCAAAGGUCUUGCUGACACUUUUGGGAGGCGUAAUGCAAUUCUGAUAGUGAACGCUUUAUCAGUGGUGGGCGCCUCUCUGAUGUUCAUGAGCAAAGCCACAGGGUCAUUUGAAGUGCUUAUCAUGGGUCGGCUGAUCUUUGGUUUGUUCUGUGGCCUGGUGAUGAGUCUGAACCCGCUGUACAUUCAGGGUGUCUCGCCCACAAACCUCCGUGGUGCCUUUGCAACUCUGAACCAGGUCUCCUUCGCCUCAGGCAUUCUGCUGGGCAUGGUGGUGGGCUUGGAAACGGUAUUGGGUACAGAGAAAUACUGGUCCCUGAUGUUGUCUCUGUCCCUUAUUCCUGCAACGCUCCAGUAUAUAAGCCUUCCUUUUUGCCCCGAAAGCCCCCGCUUCCUCUUCAUCAACAGGGGCAAAGAAAAAGAAGCAGAGGCGGCCCUGAGAAAACUUCGGGGAAAUCCAGAGAUGGUGAUGAAAGAAAUGGAGGAGAUGAGAGAGGAAGCCGCACACAGUGAAACAGGAGUGACUGUGAGAGAAUUCCUCAAGAAGAAGCGCUACAGGCAGCCGAUAAUACUUGUGCUCGUCAUAAACCUGGGCAGCCAGUUAUCUGGAUUCAAUGCGAUCAUAAAUUAUUCCACAAAAAUGUUUGCCCAGUCCAAUUUUGAUGAGGCCAAAUAUCUGACACUAGGGGUUGGGGCCGUCAAUGUGGCAUUCACCAUAGUAGCAUUCUUUUUGGUGGAGAGAGCGGGACGCAGGAAGUUGUUGCUCGCUGGAUUUCUGUCACUAGCGCUCUGCAACCUACUUAUGACCAUCACAUAUUCCAUAAUGAACGUAGUUCCAGGCAUCCGUAACAUUCAGGUGCUGGUGGUUUUCUUCCUGAUCUCAGCUUAUGAAGUGGGGCCUGGGCCAAUCUCUUGGUUCAUUGCCGCUGAGCUUUUUGACCAGUCGGCUCGUCCCAUUGCCAUGGCCUUCACUAGUAUGCUCAACUGGGGUGGGAAGUUUUUACUAGCACUGCUCUUUCCAGCUCUUCUGAAACUGUGUGGGGCGUACGUCUACCUCCUCUUCAUGUGUAUGGCCUUGUUCGCCUUCACCUACACCAUGUUUCGUCUUCCUGAGACCAAGGGACGCACUUUUGAUGACAUUGCGGCUGAAUUUCGUGGGGCCGAAGGCAUUCCACUACAUGACAAGACCACAUUUAACACAUUUACCUGAUCACUUUAAGCUUUUGGGUUUUGGGACCAGUAAACACUGAUCAACUCAAAUGCAACUGGUGUGUUUAUGCAACAUAUAUAUAUCAAGGAUUCUGCAUUGGAUAGCUAAUAAGGCAAAGUUAUAUUCUAAAACACGUAGACGUUUUAAGACAAAACAUAAACUUUAUAAGUUUUAAUCGCACUGUGAAAUCUCUCUGGUUUGUGCACUCUUGCCACAAAUCUAUGUGUUUAUCCAAGUUUACCAAACAAUCUGACUGAUGAUAUUGACCGGUAUAAUAGCAGCAAAACUACUUGAUAAAUAUUUGUUAGGACAUCCCUGUAAACUGUUUUUGAUUUAUAUGCACUCCUUGAGAUAUUUACAAUGGGUUUCGCAACACUCCACAGUUUUUUUCCCAUUUUAAAGUUGAUGGAAUAUGUGAAUAUGAUUGUAAACGUGAAAUAAAAGAUUGACCAUUUCAGUAUUUUGGUCCAAAUUA